AUCCUAAAUUGUGCAUCUAUAAAAGAGACUUCAUUCUGUCAACUUCAAAUUAAACAACAAGAGAUUGAAAAUUGAGUUAACAAAUUACAUUUCUAAUAUUAGUGUUAUUGUAAACAUUAAUUAGAAAAUACUACUUCAUAAUGGAAGGAAAAGAUACCAAGAGCUGCUGCCCACCUGGUAAAUCUUGUGGGACUAGUGAUGUUCCAUCCAACAAAGAUAAAGCAUACUGCAAGUGUGGACCAGGAUGGACUUGUGUGAUCCGCAAAAUUGAAGAGCCUCAAACCGAUGCCAAGCCUUUCUACAACUGCAGUGAUGAUGCCUGUGUUUGCAUCACGGAUGAUUCUAAGAAAGGAGAGGCCUCUGGAGAAAAACUAGUAGAGACAACAGGGGCAUAUUGCUAUUGUGGGGAAGGAUAUGCAUGCACCAUCACCAAAACUGAGGGCCCUGAUGCCGGAAAAGUGUUCUUCGAGUGUGGCAAUGGCUGCAAGUGUGAGGUCCCUGCUUCCGGAUCCGAAGUCGUCGUUCUUAAGGAUGCCUAAUAGUUGAUUGAUUAGGCUGUGUACUGUGUUAGGAAGGAUGUUUAAAGAACUUAAUUGGCAGCACAAUAAUGUUUAAGAGUAUUCUGUCCCUACUUUGUAUUGGGUUUAUUAGUUGUGUUGAAUGAUUUAUGUAAACCUUACAAACCAUUUGCUGUCAAUGAAAAUGUUCCUGUUGUUAGUUUGUA